UUAAGAUUUUUUAAUUUUUUCACACCCUUCAACCAAGCUUCCUUUGACUCCCUCUCCGCAUCCUCCCUACCCCUCCCUCAUUCAUUAUUUAUAUAAGCAAUACUCCAUUUAGCCGUGAAAACAAAGCAUCAAAACCAAUCUCUCUGAAAUCCUCCAUCUUAGUCAUGGAGAGAGUCCAUAUCCAACCUUUUCUCCUCCCCCUCCUUUUAUUCUUCUCCCUCUCCUUUUUGGAGGCUCUGUCUGCAAAUUCGCUUAGCGGUCCAAUCCCCAGAACAAUAGGAAACCUCACACAGCUCACUUCCCUGGACCUCUCCUACAACAACCUGAACGGCGCAAUCCCAGCAGAGUUAGGUGAUCUUUCCCAACUCACUUAUCUUCAUCUUUCAGAAAACAAACUCACUGGUCCGAUACCAACCAAGCUUGGUAAUCUUGCCCGGCUCCAAUCACUGCACUUGAACAACAACAGUUUGAUUGGAGAAAUACCUUCUUCAUUGAAGAACUGCAAGCAGCUAGUUGUUUUGGACCUCGGGGAGAAUGGAAUCUAUGGAAAUAUUCCAGAAUGGUUAGGAGAGAAACUUUCAUCAUUGAGGGUCCUCCGUCUAAGAUCGAAUAUGUUAAGUGGUAGCAUUCCUCCUCAGUGACAGCGUUUCCAUAGUCUGGAAAGGAAGAGAGGCUGCUUUUCAAAAUACGCUUUCAUUAAUUGUGGGAAUCGAGCUUUCCAACAAUUAUCUCCGUCAUGCGAUCCCUACAGAGCUGACAAAUCUUUCAGGGCUAGUUUUUCUGAAUCUCUCAAGGAAUCGUUUGGAUGGAAGUAUUCCAGAGAUGAUCGGUAACUUACAAAAUCUGGAAAUUCUUGACCUAUUCAUGAAUUACUUAUCAGGUACAAUUCCUCGGAGCAUCUCUUCUCUGACAUUCUUAGAUUGCUUGAACUUAUCAAACAACCACUUGUCGGGACGGAUACCAUCCGGUCAUCAACUACAAACACUUGUUGAUCCAUCCAUCUAUAGUGGCAAUGGUGAGCUUUGUGGAUUUCCACUCACCAAAAGUUGUUCAAGUAGCCAAGCAUCCGAUGUUCAAUUGUCAACUGAUGAUGGUGAUGAAAAAAUAUGGCUGUAUCUUAGCAUGGGACCAGGAUUUGUGGUGGGAUUUUGGGGGUUCUUUGGUAUUUUAUUCUUUAAGAGAUCCUUGAGGCUUGCCUAUUUCCGAUACAUUGAUGAUAUAUAUGAUAGCUUCUCUAGGAUAUCAAUGAGGAACAUGUAAAGACUGCAGACUUCUUUUUUUUUUUUUUU